AUGGACUCGAUGGUGGAGAUGAUCGAAAAGUACACGGCCAAGCUGGAAAAAGACAUCAACGAACGGAACGCCGAGCUGGCCGCCGAGAAGAAAAAGACGGAACAACUGUUGAGGAUGAUGUUACCACCCGUUGUCGCUGACAAUCUUAAAAACGGGACAGCCGUGCAGGCCGAAUCUUUCUCGUCUGUGACGGUCUACUUCUCGGAUUGCGUUGGAUUUACGGACUUGUCGGCCGCGUCUAAGCCGAUAGAGAUUGUCCAAUUCCUCAACGACCUCUACACUUGCUUCGAUCAGGUCAUCGAGCGAUUUGAUGUUUACAAGGUCGAAACCAUCGCCGAUGCCUACAUGGUCGCCUCCGGUCUCCCGAUCCCGAAUGGUCAGCAUCACGCUGGAGAAGUGGCGUCCAUGGCGCUGGCGCUGCUCAGGGCCGUCAAGACCUUCGAAAUUCGACAUCGCCCCGGUGAGAAAGUGAACCUACGAAUCGGAAUCCAUUCGGGACCCUGCGUGGCUGGGGUUGUCGGCCUAAAAAUGCCGCGCUACUGCCUCUUCGGGGAUACCGUAAACACCGCGUCCCGGAUGGAAAGUAACGGAAUCCCGCUUCGCAUCAACUGCUCGCAGUCAUCGAAAGACGUGCUCGAGCAGCUCGGCGGGUAUACCAUUGAGAAUCGCGGACUCGUGGAGAUGAAGGGAAAAGGGCUCCAGAUGACGUACUUUGUGACCACCGAGGAUCCCUCGAAGCGGAGGGAUCGGCUGAAUAGGGACAAGGUCAAAUUCCCAACCCUCCGAAACCCAGCCGAAGCCAUCGAGAAAGAGCUACAAGCCCUCCAGCAACAACGAUCCCAACCGCAGCCCACUAAUCCGCCGACCAAUCGGGCG